GUGGCGGCGGCGGCGCUGGGGGGAGCCCUAUAAUGGCGGCCGGGCGGAGGCAGCGCGGUGGUGGCGCUGAGAGUACUUAAAAUAGUGGAAAUAAUUGAAAGCAUUCUACUAAUAACAGGCUGUUUCAGUGUGGUUCUUAUUGCCUGGUUUACUGACAUAAAGAGAAUGACAUUUAUCAUUGCUAGUCUUAGAGACUAUUUUAGUUCUGCUCUAUUAGCUGUGAUUUUUUUUUUCCUUAUUUUUGUGUUUCAUUCUGUUUGACAAGUGAUAAUUGGCUAGCCAAGCUUUUCUUUUUUUUCUGUCUAUAGUUAGUGUCCCAUUUUGGUUUGUUUGUGUGAAGGUAGUCCUGGUGUGUUUUGGUCUGUCAUCUUGCAGGGAAGUGUGCACGGAGGGUCAUAAAUUUGUAGCAGUGUUUGGUGGGGUAUUUUUUUUUUUUGUGUGUGUCUCUCUUGUUUUCCUUAUAGAGCAAUAUCUUAACUUUUGUCUUUGCCCAGUUGAGCAAAAGUGAAAGUUAGAUGCUGGGUACAAGCUUCUUCAAUCAGUUACCCUUUUUAACUUUUUGUAAACUGUAGGCUCCUCAUUCAGAGGAGACUAGGUGAAAAAUCAUAGUAACAUUAAAAAAUACAUCUGAAUAGAUCCAAAGCAUCCUCUUGUCUUAGUAUCAGUAAAAUAAUUUAAUGAUUAAAUUAUAACAGAAACAUUUACUUAUGCAGUCACUUCCAUAAAAGGCAGUGUUAAUUAAAUCUGUUACUGCCCAACCACAGGCUUCAACUAGAACCUCUUCUCUGCUAUCCCAGGCGUGGAUGGAGAGCAUGAUACCGUACUAUUAUUCCCGCAGAUGUUCACGGAAGACACUGAGAGAAAGGAGCAGGAGCAUACGCGAUAGUCCUGUCUCGGCACAAUACAAGUCUAGAACCCUUGAUCUUGAAGAUGGUGAGUAGCCAGCCUAAGUACGAUCUAAUACGGGAGGUUGGUCGUGGCAGUUAUGGUGUGGUGUACGAAGCAGUCGUCAGGAAGACCUCUGCACGGGUCGCGGUGAAAAAGAUUCGGUGCCAUGCUCCAGAAAAUGUGGAACUAGCUCUGCGUGAGUUCUGGGCACUUAGCAGUAUCAAGAGCCAGCAUCCCAACGUCAUUCACCUGGAGGAGUGCAUCUUGCAGAAAGAUGGUAUGGUGCAGAAGAUGUCCCAUGGCUCCAGUUCCUCCCUUUAUUUACAGCUUGUAGAGACCUCAUUAAAAGGAGAGAUAGUCUUUGACCCCAGAAGUGCUUAUUACCUCUGGUUUGUAAUGGAUUUCUGUGAUGGAGGAGACAUGAAUGAAUAUCUGUUGUCCCGAAAGCCUAACCGCAAGACCAACACGAGUUUCAUGCUUCAACUCAGCAGCGCACUGGCUUUCCUGCACAAAAAUCAGAUCAUUCAUCGUGAUCUCAAACCUGACAAUAUUCUGAUUUCUCAGAGCAGGAUGGAUGCUAGUGACUUGGAGCCUACCCUGAAGGUAGCUGAUUUUGGGCUGAGCAAGGUAUGUUCAGCCUCAGGACAGAAUCCUGAGGAACCAGUCAACGUAAAUAAGUGUUUUCUAUCAACUGCAUGCGGGACUGACUUCUAUAUGGCCCCUGAAGUCUGGGAAGGACACUACACUGCCAAAGCAGACAUCUUUGCAUUAGGGAUUAUAAUCUGGGCAAUGUUGGAAAGAAUCACGUUCAUAGAUACAGAAACAAAGAAAGAACUUCUGGGGAGUUACGUCAAGCAGGGGACAGCGAUUGUGCCUGUUGGAGAAGCGCUUCUAGAAAACCCUAAAAUGGAACUGCUCAUCCCUGUAAAGAAAAAGUCCAUGAAUGCUCGAAUGAAACAGCUGAUCAAGGAAAUGCUGGCUGCCAACCCACAGGACCGACCCGAUGCGUUUGAGCUAGAACUGCGAUUAGUCAACAUAGCUUUUAAAGACAGCAGCUGGGACACGUGACCUGGCGAGUCCCGUCUCUCGACAGAGCUGCUUCUCGCCUAAGUGAUGGUGCAACUUAAUGGCAGUGAAAGAAACGAGCCUGAACUCAAACCUGCAGGGUGUAGUUUCUACCAAAUGAAUCUCUUUUUUGAGUUUCAUAAAUGAUACGAAUGUGAGUUGGCUGUGGUGUUAACAAUACGUUGAUGUGUAUAAUACCAGGAUGUUACAUGCCGGUGUAAGGUGUGAUGAUGUUCAUUUGUACCCUGGCAGUGGGAUGUCUUAAGAGCUGAGACUUGAUUUCCAGCGUUAUGGCAUGGAGUAUCUCAUACAUUCCAGUCUCCUAUGUCAGUAUUAGGAACUCUCAUGAAAAAAAAGCGAUUUGCAUGCUGGUAGUGCAAAUCUUCAGGCUUUGUAAAGUAAUUCUGUGUAUAUUUAUGUAUAUGAGUGACUGGGAGUGUAUGCCACUUUUCUUAAAUUAUUUGCUAUGGGUCUGAAUGAUUGGUGUCUGCUUGAAAACUAGGUGAAGAUGAUAGAUGAGAAGCAUUCCUUCUUCUCCAGGCCUGAAUAACUUUAUUAUUUAUUUUUGUUAUCUGAUGUCAAGGAUAGGGUCUGAGACUUGACUUUGUAGGCAAAAAAUGCAAUGCAAAGGGAUCAGCAGUUCUUAAAGUGCUGACAUGGCCGAGCUUAGCACUUCUGGCUUAAUGAACUCGUCACCAAGGGAGUCAAAUACAAUAUGUAUGCAAUCAGGUGCUAGCAUGUUGGCUAGAUCAUUAAUCAUUUGAUUUUGCUUUCUUCUAGUAAUCAGAUACUUUAUUAAUGAGUUAAUCUGCACUUGCGCAAUGUGCUCUCUACUCUUGUAUCUAUAAUCCAAUAGCACCGUGAGGACUUCUAUUAGCAGAGUACUGUGGGUUUAGUUUAUGGAACAUGGAUGAGGGAAUUCUUCAGCAUAGGGUGUUAUUUUUAAAGUUCUUCAAAACGUGGUGGAAGCACAGUUUUCCCAUUAACUGAAUCUAACUAGUAAUACUGGCCAUGGCCUCUUCCUUUCUGGCACUGCCUCUAACUUGGUAGUGAUGAGGAGAUAAAGGGCUGACUAUUUGUCUUGUGGAACACACCUAUUCUCAAAUACGGGAGAAAAGUCAGUAACGAGUAUGCAAAAGGUAUCUCCGAUUUGUGUGGCAACGUUUCCUGUUUUUUUGACUUGUUUUCUUCCUUUUAAAGAAGUAAUUUUUAUUUAAAAGCACGGAUGGUAGGGUGGGAAGCUUUGAAGUAGUUGAAAGGCUGCUUAUCCCCAGCUCUUGUUCCACAGAAGCAGAUUGAUAUGCUGAGAGAGGUUUUGCUGAGGCCACCUGACACCCUAGGGCAGACAGAAGCCGCUUUGUAAUAGCGUAACACUUUGUUCUUUUGGGUGCAGGACCGUGACCUUUCUCAUUCAUUUGACCUUUUGGAAAAAGUAGAGUCUUCAAAAAUUGCCUUUAAAGGCAGAUACAUUAAAGCUACAACAAAGGCCCAUUUUCUUGAUAAAAUCAAUUUAAUGUUUUUUCCCAAAUCUUGCCUGAAAACUGCCAUAAGUAUUCCCUUCUGUAACUUGCUUCUCAGAUACUGUUCCCUCUUAGUGCUGUGAGAGCAGUUCAAUGUUUAUUGUGCCAGAGUAUGAAUGAACAGCACAAACAAUAUAUAAUUUUUCUUCCAAAAGCAAAGGAUUCUGAUUCUGCCAAACUUCUGUGGCUUUACAGACUAGAGGUGGUUCUUACCUGGUGCUGUUCAGAGCUGGUGGCAGUUACAUAGGAGGCCUUAGUCCUUAAUUCUUAUUUGCCUUCACUUGAUCAUUUAAGGCAAGUUGUCUAAACAGUGUUUCUCAGACAAAUACACUUUUCUGUCUCAAAACAAAGGUUAUUGUUUAGAAGAUGCUAUAGCAGUAACUUCCAGAAGGCAGUGUUCCUGGCUAUAGCAGAGCUCCUUGCUUCAGCAUAAAUUGAUAGGGACGGUGGCGACUGCAUCGUACUGAGGAUACAGCCUGUUGCCUGCACAGAUGUCCCAGUGUUGCUCAUUCCCUGCAGAGUGCUUAGUUUAUAAAAGACUUGGACGCUAUCUGUGAGUAACGAUAAGGAUAGAUCUAUUUUUUUUUUUUUUUUUUAAGUUCUAGAAUCAGAGAUCAGUUCUGGAAGUGGAGAACUGAGUUCAGUACAAUUGAAGCUUUGGCUUGUUACUGAAAAGAGGAAAACAAACCUCUCGCUGCCUGUGCCAACGCUGUUUCACAGUACUUAUAUUUCAGCAUGCUCAUUCGAUGAGUGAAGAUUUAAGAGGAUGUAUCAUCUUUCCAUGUUAAACUCGAGGGUUUUUUUAAAAAAUACAUUGCGAACUUCCUCGUCUCUUGUCUGCCCAGAGCCAGAAUCAACUAUGUUAUCUUAAAGUAUGAAUCUACUACAGAAUAAUACUACUCACCUUUAAGAUACUUUGCAAAUCACCUGAUUUUUCUCUGAAGUAUUUCAAAGAACACCAAAUAUACUGCCUGCCUGCAGUGCAGAAAUGAGUGAAUGGCACAGGAAAGUGUUGGGUUUUUUUGACUCCCAAAGUGUUUCUUUGCACUGAUUGCCACUUUAAAGGGUGAGGGUACCUGAAAUCCCUCUCAUGGUGCUUAGCCUUGCUGUUGGGUGAUACUGAGUGUUUCCUUGUUUAACACUGAGUGGUUGUCCUUGAGGUCUCUGUCCUGUUUGAUUUUUUGUUGUCUGAGGUCUUUGUUUUAAAACCUUUGAUAAAUCAAAUUGUUGUAGCAGCUACGGAGUUAUUCACCAGCGUGACAUGAAGUCAAGAUACUUUUCAGCGCUCAAAAGAUUUUUUUUUUUUUUCAAAUCUUUCUUUAAAAGCUGUAAAAUAUAUUUUAUGGAGAAUUUAUAAUGAGGAAAAUUGUGUAAUUUAUUAAGUUCAUGACUGUUUUUGAAAUAAAACCUGAAUUUCUAUGACCUUUUUGAACUUUC